CCAAAGCUUGAUCACUCACAAAAGUAUUAUAGAUUGGUGAACUGGGUACUGUCAGCAGGUCCAAAAGGAAUUGUUAAAAUCCGUGAAAGAUGUGGUACGAGAUCCUACCCAGUUUUGGAAUUGUCGUGGCUGCUAUGGGUAUUCCUCACCUCUCAGCUUAUGUUAUCAACAAAGUCGCAAUUGGCAACUUCUAUAGGCGCAGGUUGCUGACGGAGGAGGAAAAGCGCAACUAUCUCCGUGAUACGAGGCUGACCAACAAUCCCUACACUAUUGCUGGCUUGGAAAAUAUUCCUGAUUCAUAGAGGAUGCUGUUGACAACAUCAUGUAGUAGGGAAGAAUUGUAAAAUAAAGAGAUAUUAACAAUAAAUUAUUUUAAACUGUUA